AUAGAAACGAUGGACGAAGAAGAGUCUAAUGAUUUUCCCGGCGACAGUUUUGAAAACUAUUAUUUUAGAUCCAGACUUAGAUCUCCUACUAGUAGAACAUCUAAUAUAUCUUCUUCUUAUUUUAAAUCAAAUCCAGUUGUACUUUUGAUUUAUAUAAAAGAUGAAAAUAUCAACAAGACAUCUCCUCAAAACGACCAAAAUUAUCUGCGCCCAUUUCGGAAAAUUUACGAAAUGAAAGGUUAUACAGUUCUACUGGUUACCCCAACAGCUGACAGACUGACAGCUCAAAAUAUUGAAGAGGUGGUUACAAGUCUUCUAGAAAGCCUAGAAAAGCGCCAACUUGAUAAAAACCCACUUAUAUUGCAUGUUUUAGGACAUGAUGCAAUUCCUUUUCACAAUGCACUAUGCCACAGAGUACAUGAUGAAAGAGAGAUUGGUAACUAUUAUGAUAUUAGAGGCUGUAUCCUAGAUAGCUGCCCCAUGCAGAAAAGCAGAAUUUUGGAACUGAUAAAGAAUAGAGCCUCAUUUAUUUAUGAUUUUUAUAUUCUGCUCGUGUGUUUAGUACGCACAUUCUUCCCAGAAUUCUUUGGAGGGGCAAGAAAUGUAGAUGACUAUCAAGACUUCUGUACCCAUCCAGGUAAAUGGCAUGAGCUGUUCCUGUACUCCACAUCUGACCACGUCGUACCCCACACAGACGUUGAGAAGGCUAUCAGCCAUCGUCAUGCUGCCUUUGGGAUGGUGGACCAGAAAUGCUGGGAUGACACCCAGCACGCCAGGCACUUGUACGCCCACCAGGAGGAGUACUCACAGCUUUGUUUGGACUUUGUUGACAUGUGUUUGAAAAAAAUAUCGUAAAGACUGGUUGAGUAGGUGAUAUAAAAUGUGGUAAUCAUUGUAUGUGGUAUACCGCUACAAAAUUUGUUUUUUUAUAUACAAUUUUAUCAUGUUUGUUUACUUUUUAUAUUAUACGUAAAAGUUGGUUUAUCCAGACAUGAUAUGCUGGAGAGGCAACUUUUGUUUUUUAGAAUAUAUUUUUAACUACACAAUAUAAGUUCAUUUUAUAGUUAUGUACAUCAAAUAUGUGCCUUCUAAUUUUUAUUCAAAUGUCAUUUACAUGCUGUUUUUUAAGAGUGAAUCAAAUCAAUUCUAAGGUGGUGUGGUUGUGAUAAAAAGAUA